UGGUUUUCCGCUUCAUAGCGGUUAUUCGCGGUUUCCACAAUCCAACCCAGAAGUCGCACCAUUAACCAUUGGGGCUUCGGGUUCGCCAAAUCCAAUUUCCGCUUCCGUUAACGUUCCCAAUUUCUUGGGCUUUUUGAUCGUUCCAACAUUCAUUUCCCCCGCCAUCCAAAUAAUUCCCAAAAAAUGUUCAACAAGAUCAUAAAGCUCGCUCACAAGAAAUGCUCCAAAUUAGAAUUCCCGGAAAACGGCCUUCAAUUUUACGAAGUAGUCGUCAAACACGCAUCUCGUAAUGCCGCCGCUCCCGCCCCCGUCACCAUCACCGCCCCUGCCGUCGCUCCCGCCAAUUCCGACUCUCAAAACCCUUCACCCGCUGCCCCGCCUCUCAAUUCCACCGUAAUCGAGCCACUACUUCCACUGCGAGACGUCGACGAAUCGGAGCACCGAGCGCUGAUCCUCCGAAAAAUACAAGGGUGUUGCUUCUUGUGCGAUUUCUCAGACACUGUCGAUUCCGUUAACGAGAGGGAAACAAAGCGCCAGACACUCGAGGAACUCAUUGAAACCAUCCAUUCCGGGUCCUUUGGAUUCAGCGAAAAUCAAGAAGACUUGAUUAACAUGGUGUCCGUUAACAUCUUCCGUUGUCCCCCUCCAUCACCUCACGGCACAGAAUACCUGGAACCCGAUGAAGACGACAGAUAUUUGGACCCGUCGUGGCCGCACUUACAGCUCGUGUAUGAUAUCCUCUUGCGUUACGUUGUCUCACCGGAGGUUGAUGUAAAGACUUCCAAGCGCUACAUUGACCAUGUCUUUGUGACGAAACUCAUCGACUUGUUUGAUUCCGAGGACAUGCGAGAGCGCGAGUAUUUAAAGAACAUUCUUCACCGCAUUUAUGGCAAGUACAUGGGGCACAGGCCCUUCAUUAGGAAUGCCAUCAACGACGUCUUCUACCGUUUUGUAUUUGAAACUCAGAGGCACAAUGGUAUUUCCGAGUUGCUGGAGAUCCAUGCUAGUAUUAUCAAUGGGUUUGCCUUGCCAAUGAAAGAAGAACAUAAACAGUUUCUAAUUCGGACUCUUAUUCCACUUCACAAGCCCAAAUCUCUUUCCUUUUAUCACGAACAACUGACUCAUUGCGUGGUUCAGUUUGUAGAGAAAGAUAACAGGCUGGCUGAUCCUGUGAUCAAGGGGAUGCUAAAGUACUGGCCAGUCUCGAAUUCUCGGAAGGAAGUUCUUUUCCUUGGAGAACUAGAACUGGUUCUUGAGGCAGCUCAAUGUACUGACUCUCUACGGUGUAUUGCCUCUCUUUUCAGACAGAUCGGGCGCUGCCUUGGCAGCUCUCAGUUUCAGGUUGCCGAGCGAGCAUUUUUCUUGUGGAGCAAUGAGUACUUUGUGAAUUUAGUAGCCCAGAAUCGAAAUGUUAUAUUGCCAGUAAUCUUUGAAGCUUUGGAAAAAAACAUGAAAGGCCAUUGGAGCCGAGUAGUGCAGGGUCUAACGGCCAAUGUGAGGAAGAUGUUUCUGGAGAUGGAUACCGAAUUGUUUGAAGAGUGUCAAAGACAGUACAUAGAGAAAGAAGCCAAGACUAUAGAGUUGGAAGAGAAGAGGGAGUUAACUUGGGAGAAAUUGGAAGCAGAGGCUGCACAAUCCUUGAGGGAAGACAUGGUUAACUAAGGUAUUCAGCUUGCAACCCUUCUUUUCACUUUGGUGGCUAUGCUGAAAGUUUUUCCUGAAUUGGGUUAUGUCACUGCUAUAUUUCCCAAUAUAGAAAGGGAAGUAUGAUUUUAUUUUAAUUCAUUUUUUACUCACCAUUGCCUUAAGACAAUGGUCAAGGAAUUAAGAGUAGAAAGUUUUAUUGGAACGUGUAACAUUUAAUGUUACUAAUAUAUUUACAUUUUAGUUUCCAAUAAAAACCUUCUAUUUAGUAAUUCCUUGGAGUUAGAGUAUAAUGGAUAGUAAAAUCGAUUUUGAUUACACGGCAUGGUGCACAAGACACGCAAAUUAGCAAGCUUGCGAGUCCUGUUUCUUAGAGAGCAAGGGUUUACACUGUUUCUUUGGUCUAUUCCUCCCUGUCAAUUGUAAAUUCUCCUGUAAUGUACCAAAUUGGUUCAGUGUAUGAAAAAAUGGUGCAGUUGGCACUUCUUUUUUAGUGAACGAAUGAUUUUAUUAAUGUAACUUCAUAUUAAAAAAAUCACUUUUUAAUUUUAGAA